AUGGAUGAGAGUCAGUCGGAGAGAUCUCCUUCAUAUGGUCCAUCGACAUCACACGAAACAUACAGACCCCGAUCGGCAUCCCACACACCCACCGAACAAAGGCUGUCAUUAGAGGUGGGACCCCACAGCCCUCGAAGAGGACCCAGUCCUCUUGCUCUUGAGCCAGAGACCCUCAGCUACGGCUUGCCGGGAGAAGAAUCUCUUGAAGACGUCGACGACGACGACGACGACGACGAAGACGACGACAACCAACCGAGAGCCAUCUGGGAUCCCAGGAGAUCAACCAGCGACAGUCCGAAAAGCCUCGGAGAACACUCCCCUCGAGACCGCGCCAAGGGCAAGGGCAAGGGCAAAGGCAAAGAACGAGAGAUGAGCAGUUCCAGCAAUCCCCAGUCGAGAAUGGGAGGAACAGGCACACCGAGCGAUCGACGACCAGACAUAUCAAGAACAAGUUCAGCCAGUACGGCAAGCACAUCCCGUCAGGGCUCCGUCGAGGCAAGAAGCAAAAGAAGAGAUGAGCGCACGGGUAGUGGAAGCGGCAGCAGCUCUGGCCGUUCAAGAUUGGUUUCUGGUGUGUUUGUGAGAUAUUAA